ACAGGAUAAAACUUCACCAUCCUGGAGUGUCGACCACAGUGACCUGCCUCCCUGCUACUUCUCCCUGUCUCUUCACACACUGAGCAGCUGUCCUCAAGUCAAACUCCUCUCUGCCCAAGAUGGUGUUUCCUAAUGAACUCUUCCCUUCGCGUCUUUCCCCGAGCAGCACAAUCUUCAACUCUGAGAGAUGACGGCAUUAUCAGCAGGCCGGGUGACAGGCCCACUCAUACGUCAUGGAACAGGAUUAUCCAGUUUUCCUCAGAUGUACCACUUCUCUCACUGUCCGCCUCCUCCCUCCCUCCCCCCCACCCCCCACCCCCAACCUCACUGUGGGUCAGCUGUAUUUCCUUGUUCUCAGUGUGUCGAUUGAUGAGAUAAUCUGGCAUCAGCAGCCGCGUGAGGUAGUAAUGUGUGGGACGAUUCCAGUCCAGCUGCAUGGUUGAAUGAUUUACACGUCUAACACGUAAGGAAAACAUUAGUGAAUUCAUGGAGACCAAAGGGAAGGUAGAAUCGAGGGAGACAAAACGGAAGAGGACAGAGAAGAACUGGAAACGACCGGAAGAGGAUGAGAAUAGAGAAAAGGUGCCAGAUGCAUUAGUCGACAAGAAAGAAGGGGACAAUGAUGAAGAACCAUGUUGUUCCCAGGGUGUCUCGAGUCUCUCCACCUCUUGUGAUAGUCUGAGGUACUUUUCUGAGACUAAGAGGAAAUGCGCAGACAGAGAUAUGACAGCAUGCAACAUGGGGCAUCAGAGAGCAGCUCCUCCAUCCUCCAUCACAGCCAGUGGUGGAAGCAUCGUCAUCUCUCCCAGCUUCAUCAACUCCAGUGUUCAGAAUGUUAACAUCAAGCUUCCCCUUGGGGUUCAGAUGAAAGACAUUAUUUGCCAGGCAGCACAAUGUGGUGACACAAAACCAGCGAUUGACACGUUCAAAGAGAAGAAUAAAGCUCGUCUGAGGAAGGAGUUUGUUGAGACGUCGGAGGGAACUGAACAUGAGAAAAUUCCUCUCAAUAGCAUCUUCACCCCGCUAUAUGUCACUGAAGGGGAGAGUGAAGGGGUCAACAAAGAACACGAGAUCAUGCACAUUAAAUAUCCAUCCUCUGGGAAACAAUUUUCAGACAAGCCAAUCCAGUGUAAUGACAUCUUCAAAGCCCAACCUGACCAAGUGAAAGAGAUCCUGACUGUGCUGAUGAAGGGCAUCGCUGGCAUCGGAAAAACUGUGUCAGUGCAAAAGUUCAUCCUAGACUGGGCAGAAGGGAAAGCCAAUCAGGAUGUAGAUUUCAUCUUUGUGCUUCCAUUCCGAGAGCUGAAUUUGAUCAAAGGCGACCGCAGUCUAUAUGGUCUUCUGAAUGAAUUUCACCCGGAGCUUAAAGAGAUAGAAGACAUGCAGAUCUUUGAGUCCCACAAAGUGCUGUUCAUCUUUGAUGGUCUUGAUGAAACCAGAUUACCACUGGAUUUCCCAAACAAUGAGAGAGUAUCUGAUGUCACAACGACAUCUCCAGUUGAUGUUUUGCUGACCAACAUCCUGAAGAAGAAUCUUCUUCCCUCUGCUCUCAUCUGGAUAACCUCCAGACCUGCAGCCACCAGUCAGAUCCCUCGCAGAAUCGUCAACAUCAACCUGGUGACAGAGGUCAGAGGGUUCACAGAAGAACAGAAGAAUGAGUACUUCAUGAAGAGAUUCUUUGACAACGAGGAGCUGGCUAAAAGAAUCAUCUCACACAUCAAGAAGACAAGAAGCCUCCACAUCAUGUGUUACAUUCCUGUUAUGUGUUGGAUUUCAGCCAAGGUUCUCGAACACAUGUUGAAUGAAAACGAGAGUGGAAAUAUCCCCACAAGUCUCACUGAGAUGUACAUUCACUUCCUGAUCACUCAAACAAAUCUGGCAAAAGAAAAGUAUCAGGGGGAAUCAAUCAUGGAUGAAGAGAAGAUUUUGGAAUUAAGUAAAGACCUGAUGCUGAAGCUAGGGAAGCUAGCAUUUGACCAGCUAAUGAAAGGGAGUCUUAUAUUCUAUGAAGAAGACCUGAAAAAGUGUGGCAUUGAUGUCAACGAAGCUGCAGUGAAGUGUGGACUGUGCACCGAAAUCCUGAAGGUAGAGCGAGGCCUUUAUAGGAAGAAGGUGUACUGCUUUGUGCACCUCAGCUUUCAGGAGUUCCUUGCAGCUCUGUAUGUGUACUACUGCUGUGUGACCAAGAAAAUCAGUGCACUGGAGUCUCUCCUGGAGAACGUGUCUUCAGAGCAACACUUGAACCAGUUGCUGAAGAGAGUUGUGGAUAAAGCUUUGCAGAGUAAGAAUGGACACCUGGACCUUUUCCUCCGCUUUCUCCUUGGCAUCUCACUGGAGUCCAACUUGACUCUCUUGCAAGGCCUUCUGCCACAGAUCGAGAACUCUGAGACUGUCGAGGAGAUGAGGAAAUACCUGAGGAAGCCGGAUGUGCCGAACAUCUUACCAGAGAGGCACGUCAAUCUCUUCCUCUGCUUGACUGAGAUGAAAGACAGCAGCGUAAAUGAAGACAUUCACAAUUUCCUCUUGUCGCGAGAUCGUGACAUAAACGCACUCUCGGGGGAUCACUGCUCAGCGCUGGCCAACGCACUUUUAAUGUCACCAGGCAUGCUGGAUGAGAUGGAUCUAAGGAAAUACAACAUCGAGUACUACUAUUAUGACAGACUCAUGCCAGCUGUAGCGAAAUGCAAAAAGGCCCUGCUGACUGAUAUGAAACCUAGCCACGAGGACUGGGUAUCACUGGCCUCCUGCCUCCAGUCACCAGACUGUCCUCUGAGAGAGCUGGACCUCAGAGACAUUAGGCUGUCCGGUGAUGACCUGAGUGUUGUGUUCUCUGUCUUGGAGGGCCCACCUUGUAAACUGGAAACACUGAGACUGACGGCCAUGGACAUUAGUAAAAAGGCAUAUGCAUCACUGGCCUCCUCCUUCCAGUCACCAAACUGUCCUCUGAGAAAACUGCACCUUGCGGGAAUCAAGCUAUCUGCGGAUGACCUGAGUGCUGUCUAUGAUGCCCUGAGAAGUCCACUCUGUAAACUGAUGAUACUGAGGCUGAAAAGGUGCUUCCUGACCGAGGACAGUUGUGGGUUGUUGGCUUCAGCCCUCAGCUCAAACUGUCACCUAAAAGAGUUGGACCUGCGUCACAGUGAACUGUCGAAUUCAGGGGUGAAGAUACUCUCUGAUGGACUGAGGAGUCCACACUGCAGACUGGAGAUACUGAGGCUGGCAUUCUGUAGAGUCACAGAAGAAGGCUGCGCUUAUCUGGCUUCAGCUCUCAGCUCAAACUGCCACCUGAUGGAGUUGGAUCUGAGCUACAAUCACCCAGGAGACACAGCCGUUAAUCUGCUCUCAGAUCCACGCUGUAGACUGGAGAAACUCAAUGUGGACCAUAAUGACGAGAUCUGGGUGAAACCACAGAUGCUUAAGAAGUAUACCUGUGAUCUAACGCUGGACCCAAACACAGCUACCAGACACCUUUCUUUGUCAGGGAACAACAGAAAGGUGGAUUAUGUGGAGGAGGACCAGCCAUAUCCUGACCACCCAGAGGGGUUGGAUGAAGAAGCUGAGGAUCAGGUGCUGUGUAGAGAGGUCCUGACUGGGCGCCAUUACUGGGAGGUGGAGAUGGAAGGGAAGAACUAUUCGGCCAUGAUAGGAGUGACAUACAAAAGCAUCAAGACAAAAGGGAAUUAUACUUCUGUUGGACAAAAUGAUGCAUCAUGGGGCCUUUUCUGUGGACAAAACCCGUCUGUCUGGCACAAGAAUGAGCAGACUGCCAUACCUGACUGGUUACCUCUACCCAUCAGAGUAGGAGUUUAUCUGGACUGGCCAGCUGGCAUUUUGUCCUUCUACAGCAUCUCCUCUGACACACUGACCCGCCUGUACACAUUCCACACCACAUUCACAGAGCCACUUCAGCCAGUGUUUGGGUUAGAUGAUGAUACCUCAGUGACCCUGUGCCCGGUAGAGUACAAUGGCUUGAAAGUGCCACAGGAGUGACG